AUGCGUGCAUUCCUCUUCUUUGCCUCCUUGGGCUUUGCAGCCGCUGAGAACGGCCUCAAUGGCUGGCUGCGAUACGCAUCAUUACCCUGUUCAGGUCAAUGCCAUUCCAAUCUCCCUUCGAGUAUCGUCACCCUCAAUGCGACUGAGACAAGUCCGGUGUAUGUUGCGGGGACGGAGUUGCAGAAUGGUCUCAAGGGCGUCUAUGGGAAGAGCGUUCAAAUCACACACAACAAGUGCAAGACAUCCUCCUCGGUUGUUGUUGGCACUGUUGAUCAAUAUCGGAAAAUCUGUGGCGCUGCGAAAGGUGUGCCUGAGCUGGAGGAAGAUGGCUUUUGGCUCGACACGAAGGGGGAAAACGUUCAAAUUCUUGGACAAAACGAGAGGGGUGCUCUAUAUGGCACUUUUGAAUACUUGUCGAUGCUUGCUCAGGGAAACUUCUCCAAGGUCGCCUAUGCAACCAAUCCUUCUGCACCUAUUCGCUGGGUGAAUCAAUGGGACAACAUGGAUGGAAGAAUCGAACGCGGCUAUGGUGGCCCCUCUAUUUUCUUCAAGGAUGGUCAAAUCGUCGACGACCUAACCCGUGUUGCUGAAUAUGGCCGCCUUUUAGCCUCGAUUAGAAUCAAUGCUGUCGUCAUCAACAAUGUCAAUGCGGAUGCUGCCCUCUUGAACUCCACAAACCUCGACGGGGUGGCUCGAAUCGCCAAUGUCUUCCGCCCUUACGGUAUACAAGUCGGCCUAUCGCUUAAUUUCGCAUCCCCUCAGACUUAUGGAGGGCUUAGCACUUUCGAUCCCCUCGACGCAUCUGUCAUCGAGUGGUGGUCGAAUAUUACGACUCAGGUCUAUGAUCGAGUGCCUGACAUGGCCGGCUACCUCGUCAAGGCUGACUCAGAGGGACAACCAGGCCCCCAGACAUAUAACAGGACCCUCGCAGAUGCAGCGAACCUUUUCGCCAAAGAAGUCCAGCCCUACGGUGGCAUUGUUAUGUAUCGCGCGUUUGUCUACAAUCAGCUGAACGAAUCAAUCUGGACGGAUGAUCGUGCAAACGCUGCUGUUGAGUUUUUGAAGGAUCUAGAUGGCGAAUUCGACGACAACGUGGUGAUCCAAAUCAAGUACGGGCCUAUUGAUUUCCAGGUCCGUGAGCCAGCAUCGGCACUGUUUGCAAAUUUGUUCAACACCAGUAUGGCCAUUGAACUGCAGGUUACGCAAGAAUACCUUGGACAACAGUCGCAUUUAGUCUAUGUUGCUCCCCUUUGGAAGACAAUCUUGGACUCUGACCUCCGCGUCGACCACCAGCCAUCACUCGUUCGCGAUAUCGUCGCCGGUAAACGGUUCAAUCGCAAAUUGGGCGGAUCAGCAGCUGUUGUCAACGUGGGCACAAACACCACCUGGCUUGGUAGCCACCUGUCUAUGUCAAACCUAUAUGCCUAUGGUCGCUUGGCUUGGAACCCAGCAGACGAUGCCCAGGACAUUCUGCAAGACUGGAUCAGACUGACCUUUGGGCUGGACCGCAAGGUACUCGACACCAUCACUCGCAUGUCCAUGGAAUCUUGGCCCGCCUACGAACAAUAUAGUGGGAAUUUGGGCAUCCAGACGUUAACAGAUAUUCUAUAUACUCACUAUGGGCCCAACCCUGCAUCUCAAGACAACAAUGGCUGGGGCCAAUGGACCCGCGCGGACCAAAUCAGCAUUGGAAUGGAUCGGACGGUGGCAAACGGCACAGGCUUUUCCGGCCAGUAUCCGGAUGAAAUCGCUGCCAUGUAUGAGAACAUUGACACCACACCAGACGAUCUUUUGCUAUGGUUCCACCAUGUGAAAUACACCCAUCGUCUGCACUCAGGGAAGACCGUUAUUCAGCACUUCUAUGACGAACACCACAGCGGGGCCGAAACUGCACAGACCUUCCUUACGCAGUGGGAAUCACUCCACGGCAAAAUUGAUACUGAGAGAUACAACCAUGUUCGGCACUUCCUAGACUACCAAAGCGGACACUCAAUUGUGUGGAGAGAUGCGAUCAAUGACUUUUACUACAAUCUCUCUGGAAUCCCUGAUCAGGCCAAGCGUGUCGGCCACCACCCAUGGCGGAUCGAAGCGGAAGAUAUGAAGCUAGAGGGCUACAAAACUUACAGCGUCAGCCCCUUCGAAACAGCCUCUGGUUCGGUUGCAAUUGUUACAACUUCCAACAGUACAGCCGGCACCGCUUCGACCAAAAUAAACUUUCCCUCUGGCACCUAUGACCUUGCAGUGAAUUACUACGAUAUAUACGGUGGCCAGUCACAGUGGAAGGUCUAUCUGAAUAAUCGGGAAAUCGGGCAAUGGGUUGGCAAUAGUGAGGAUACGUUUAGCCAUACGCCUUCUAUCUAUUUGGAUGGGCAUUCAGCGAUUCGUAUCAAGUUCCGGGGUGUCAAGAUUCACAAGGGUGAUACUUUGAAGAUUGUCGGUAUGCCUAAUGGCAUUGAGCCGGCGCCAUUGGACUAUGUGGCUUUGCUGCCAGCGGGUAUUGUAGAUUAG